CCUUCUUCUCUCUACAAAGAAAUUAAACAAAAGUCAAAUGUCUUUUUCUCUUACAAGUUUCUGAAAGAUAUAUAGUAGUACUAUCUUCUCCAAUUCUCAUUUGUUUGAAAAUGGGGUGCAAGCAAUUAGUGGACAAGCAAAAGUCAAAGCACAAGAGGGGAUUAUGGUCUCCAGAUGAAGACCAGAAGCUCAAAGACUACAUCCUCACCUAUGGACAUGGCUGCUGGAGCUCCGUGCCCAUCAAUGCUGGGUUGCAAAGGAAUGGAAAGAGUUGCAGAUUGAGGUGGAUUAAUUAUUUAAGGCCUGGCCUAAAGCGAGGGACUUUUAGCACUGAGGAGGAGGACACAAUUCUGACCCUUCAUGGCAUGUUGGGCAACAAGUGGUGUCAAAUAGCACAACAUUUGCCUGGAAGGACAGACAAUGAGAUAAAGAAUCAUUGGCACUCUUACCUAAAGAAGAGAGUGUCUAAAAUGGCAACAAAUGAAACUGGGCAGGCUAGAUCGGGAUGCACUAGCCUGCAUAGUGGAAAUAGAGAAUCUUCACCUUCUUCAAUAAAAUUGGCUUCCCAAAAUUCAAGUCCGGACUCAUUAGCAGAUAGUGAUCAGUCUGCUUCACUACUGGUUGACUUUGCAAAAGAAAAUUGCAAAAGCAAUUUACCAAAAGUCUUAUUUUCUGAAUGGUUCUCGUUAGAACAAUUUAGUGGUCAAGAAGAUUUCAACAACACAACCAAUCAAGAUCUUUCCAAGAAUAACUUUGGAUGCAAUGAUUCGGUGUUCCCAGAUGCUUUCAUGCAAUAUGUUCCACUGAUGAAUGAAACUACCUAUGGGAAUCACAUAAAUCAAGGUUUUCACAGCGGGACUGUGGAUGGAAUAUCCCAAACACCACUCAGAUUUCAGGAUCAGAUCUCUGCUAAUGGUUUUGAAGAAUUUAUAUCAGGGGAAUUUAACAUACACGGCCAUGUGAUGUAAAUAUCUGUUCUUCUUUUACAACUUCUAAUUGCUUUACCAAAUAAUGUUAGUAAAUUGUUUGGAGCCAAUAAAUUCAACGUUGUUCGAACUUUUCAAAAAUGUCUCUGGAUGCGUC